AUGAGCGGGACGUGCGCGGCGUCCGACAAGGCGACCUUGCUUGAGCAGGCGCACCAAUGGUACCGCUUCGUGGCGGAGCUGAUUCUUGGCGAGACGGCGGCUGCCGACGUUGGAGGCUACCGGAACACCCACGGCACGCGAUGGAUGGGGCGCCGAGGUACUGCUGCUGAGACGGUGGACGAAGAGGAGCAGCGUUUGAGACCGCGACAGGAACGCAGUCCUGCCGAACACCUAAUCGGCCAACUCUCGCAGCUUUGCCCGCUUCUUCGCCCUACGGCUAGAGAGGAUGAUCUCUGCGGCGAUGCCUGCGCGCUGACGAUAAGGGACAGUGCACUCAGAUCGUUCCCACUAAACAACGCGAGGGCAGGGGUCCAUGAGACACCACCGUCGUGGCAGUCGCAUACGGUAUCUUCUCUACAGAACUGGUGGGACAGCGCUGCCGGAGCCCUUGACGCGCUCUUCGAUGCCGUGGACGUGUACCUCGACUCCACUUCGGUACCACCCACUGUCGAACCCCCUGCCCUCUCGCUACCGGCACUGGCGCUUGGCGGUCAGUCACUCUCUCAGAUCGAGGCUGCGCUGACCGGGGAAAGCUGCAUCAUGGCUGGGCUACUGCUGCACCGCGACGUGCGACCACGCAGUGGGCCGUGCUAUGCCACCGUGGUGUCACCUGUGCUCGUGGUGUUAGACUUAGAUGGUACGUUGCUGCGCUCGCCCCUUAACUCCAUCUCGAUUCGUGCCGUACAGGUGGCGACGACGGCGGAGGUGCGCGCGCUGUUCGUGGAUGCAGAUUUUCUAGGCUCAUUCUGCGAGUCGGUUACCCGACAAGGGCAUGAGCUGGCGAUCUGCUCCCUGACAGAGGGGACGGCCGAUCAGUGGUCUACGUCUCUCUCCGUCGCUGAGGCGGUGCUGUGCCUGCUCUCGCGCGUUCUUCCGCCUACGCGCUCCUAUCUCACUAGCACCGACGAUAUUGUGUGUUUGCCGCGGUCGGUGGCAGGGCCGGGGAAGCUGUACCACCUGCAAGAGCUUCAGCAGCGUCGAAACGCGCGGGACGAGGGGCAGCGUCUGCUAAGGAGUCAGGCGCAUCCGCAGCCGCAGCGGCAGCAGCCGACUGACGACGCUGGCGUUGAAGUUGCAAAUGACGCUAGCAAUUCCAUGCGCCUCGGCGUCUUUUCACCACCUAUGCAGACCUCCUCCUCUCACCACGACGGCGUUGUGGGCGGGCUGCGGAACCCGUCGACGCUUCUGCUGCCCAGGUGGCUGAGCACCGAUGUAGUGCUGAUCGACGACGACAGAGAGAACUGCCACAUAGCGGUGACGCAGGGCUACCACGCCGCGUCAUGCGCCGAGACUGGAAUGAGCGCCUCGUGGUAUGCGGCCAACCCCGAGCUACAAGUGCUUCUCGGGAUCCCGGCAAGCGAAGCGGCGCCGCGCAGCGGCGCUCACUCAGGGAGGACGUCGCUGUGA